CCGGCUUCCUCGCCUCUCCACUAACUGCUGCUGGGGCUUUAUAGCAUCUUAUUACGUGCAUCAAUUCGUCAGUGUCUCCCAGUGUGGAAGGGGGGGGGGACCGCAACAGCCAACCCGCCAGCCCGCCCGCCCGCCUGCCUGCCUGCUUGCAACCGCUGCUGUACCCUGCUUAAUUUUUUGCCUUACCGGAUGAUCAUAGGACAGACACAAAAAAUCGGAUGCAGUAUUUUGUGUUACUUGCCUUUUGCCAAGAGACCCGCAAAGCCUGGACAGGAGAGGAGGGAGAGCCCCAUUCAAGAAUCCGUUCAUUGCUGGGACAGAGUGCAGAGGAGGAGGAGAAGAAGAAGAGAGGGAGGGUGGAGGACUUUGGCGGUGCAGUUUAGCGUCCCAACACAUUCAGAGCUGCUGCUGCAAAGACCGCAACCUGCAAACUGGAAAAAUUGACAAGAGAAGAAAUUAUUGACAUAGUGCCAGAGAGAUAGGUGGUGUCAUAGCGAUGGCGGACAGCACUGGUUCGAAUGUCUCCAGUCGGCGAAGAUCCGGGGACCUACUUCAUGCUGGCUUGGCAGUGGCAAUGUUACUGGGUGUUUGGAGUGUUGGUGGAUUGGAGGUCUCCACAGGGAAAGUAUCUACGUUGGAAGCCAUGAACGGCUCCACGGUGCUGCUGCCUUGUACCUACUCCUCCUGCAUCGGCAUCAAGAACCUCUACUUCAACUGGACCAAAAAUGGAACCACGCUCUGUGAGGCAGUGAUUCCUAUCGAGGGAGUGGAGCCUAAAGUGAGCGUGUUCCAUGAGCGUGUGGAGUUUGUGGGCUCCUCCAAAUCCAACAACAUCUCCAUCCUGCUGUGGAACAUCACCUUCGAAGAUGAGGGAGAUUAUGUUUGCUUCGCUAAGAACCCAAAAGAGAAGAACCGCAACCACAGUGCAAUCUUCACCUUGAUAGUUGUGGACCAAGUGAAGGAGGUUGACAACACAUUAACUGUGAUCAUCGUGUCAGUGCUGGGCGGAGUCAUUGGCUUAGUUAUCCUCAUCAUGGUCAUAAAGGCUUUGGUCGUCCGCUUCCUGUGCAAGGGCGACGAGAAGAAUAAAGAGUGCCUGGUGAGCUCAGGGAACGACAACACAGAGAAUGGACUUUCAGGAGCCAAAGGUGAAAAACAAGGGACACCAAAGGCCUGAGCCACAGCAGACCCCAGUACGUCUGUAUGAUUGUAUAUAUGUUAGACUAAUGUACAAUGCUGUUAUCAGAGGACUGUUUUAUCCAAUAGGCUAACAAAUACAUGUGAAUAUUUAUUUAUUUUUGAAUCAUGCUUGAAGUGUAAUACUAUAUGUGCAUAGGCUGGAUCACUUAAACACAUGUAAAACAACAUUUCUUUAGUAUUUUAAAGGGCCUAUAUUGCACUAUUUUCUGAAGGUUAUAAUGUUUCAUCAUCAAAGAUAUACCUGGAGUUUUGUUUUAUUUCAUUCACACGUUUACCGCUUCUCUCAAACAGAAAACACUCUGUUCCACCUUGUGAUGUCAUGCGGUAAUACAGGAAGUGUACCACUGUGUUUUUAAACUCCAUAAACCACUAGAAUUUGGAUCAUUUCAGAUCUGGAAUUGCUAAUCUCUACUGAACUAAAGGUAAAAAUGAAGAAGUUAACUGAAUAACUACCAGUUCGUGACAUCACAAGGUGGAACAGAGCAUUUUGAGCUUUGGAGAUGUAGAAUUACUUAAAUAAAUGAAUGGAACAAAACAAGUGCAGAUAUGUUUUUGAUGAAGUAACAACAUUAUAACAUGGCUUAAAGCUCAGCAGAAUGCAUUCUGUGUAAUAUAGGACCUUUAAACUGUUGUGGGUUAGGUUUCGUUGAAUUUUUACUUCUACAUAUUUUGUCAGAUCUGAACCAGAACAGAGCUUUGAGCUGGAAGUAAACUUUUGAUGCCAUAAUGGAUUGCCAUAAUCUCUGAACUGCCAUAUUAUCGACCGAAGAACAGCACAAACUGCGCGCAAGCUUUGACUUUUAACUGCAUCGAAAGAGAAAUUUACAUAAAGCUGUUUUACAAUGAAAAAAAUGAAGGAGGCUAUUUUAACCAUUUGUAUUCCAAACUAGAAUUUAUUAAUAUUCACAUUUGUACUGAAAAUACAGAGUAAAAUAAAAAUAACCUCAGACAGGGGUAAUUAUUUUGUAGUUUUUGUUAGUCCUGACCAUCUUUACUGCCAAUCCAGUCUAUAGAAGUUUCAUGUUUACUGUACGUGCGAGUCAUUUGGUGGAAGUUCCUAAAACAUGUUAAGAGCUGACGAAAGUGAAGCUACUAAAUGUGUUUAAAUGAUCCAGCCCUGCACACUUUUCUGAUUGCUUUAGAUAAAACACAGGUGCCUGUUUUGCUUUUGCUCCCCCUGCUGGUGGGAGGAUAAAUACACAGGAGAAAUGUAAAAAAGAACAACCCAAACCCUCAGUGACAAUCCCCCAAGCAGACCCCUAGCUCUCUAUAGAAAGGAAUGAAUUUAACCAUGCUGCUUCUGAAUAAUAACCAAUGCAUUUUAGCAUGUGCGCAUUUUAUAUAAGGACAUGUAAGAAGAAUACUUUGUCUAGCAUCAUGAACCCCACAAACUCAUGCCUGAAUGCCCCCAUAAGAGCCCAUAUUACCAUGCACUCCUCACUACUGCAAUGGGUGAAUGAAACAUAGCUUGUGAACACACCCUUUAACUCCUUUCAAGUUGAUAUUGUUGCAAUUGCAAACCAUUUCGAUAAAUAGAAUGUUGAUAUUUGAAGCAGGUACAGAAAUAGUAUUUUAUAGAGUCUAUAUGUGAAGGAAAAAUAUUUGAGUUAUUACCUAUAUGAAUGUGGCGAACAGGUUAUUCAUUACCUGUUCAGUUGGUCAAAGCACUUUGACUACUAAAUGUAUUUCAUGCUACAGAUAAUUUAGCAACACUUUAUAAUAACUACACAGAAUUAGCCUUGACAAAGUAUGAAGAAUGAAUACAUGGUUUUGAAGAAUGGCUCGGGCUUACUACUUAAAGCACACACAUUGUGACUUUAUUUUGAGCUUUUAACCGAUUUACAUAACUGUUCCCUCAUCAAAAACAUACCUGGAGCUGUAUUUGUCGUCAUUCACGCUUGUUUAAUGAUUAGUAAGACAUGUCAAAAGACAUGCAAAUUUGAACUUCCCAGGAUUGUUACAUUACAGGUAAAAGUCUGCAGGUCUCCUUGCUUUUUAUGUCCAUAAAUCAUCACCAGACUAAGUAUUUCUGGAUCAGUUUCCUUUCAUUUUACUGUGUGAUUCUAUCAGCAUGUAAGUUUUUAUUUCAAUAGUAAUUCCCUAUGGUGCCAGUAGAUGGCAUCCUAUCCUAUCAGUUCCCAGUAAGGGGAGGUGCAUCUGCAGAAACAUGGUGUCUUUUGUCUGAAGAUGGCUAUGUAAGUUUUAAAGCAUGUCAUGCCAAAGCAUAAUAUUUGAAUACACUAACUCCCAUUCAUUUUAUGUAAUAAGUAAGCCUGACUAAAUCUUAAGAAAAUGUGCUCAUUUGUGCUUUAUUAAGACUAUGGUGCAGGUAUUAUAAAGAGUGAUAAUUCUAUUUUUUGCACAUAUUGAUUUCAUGAUAUAAUGACAAAAGCAUAUCCAUUUGUUCUCAUUGGGACUUUGUCAAUGUCCCUGAAUGUGACAGGUGAAGCAGGCUCUCACAUAGCAGCGAUGGCUCCACCAACAUGUCCACAUGCUGCACAUACUUCUGUAUCAAGAGCCCAGAGUUGUGCACUCUGGAAUAGCAGCACUUUACACUGGUCCAAGCAAAGAGAAAAUGUAUCUUUGGAGCCAUGACAGUUUAAGUUAGCCUCUAUUACCCAAUAACAUGACCAGUCUUUCCUGAAUAUGUAGCUAUGACAUGGUUUAUUUUUUUACCCGAUCAGCCUACUGCUCUCAUUCUGGAGUGCAUUUCCUUUCUUGCUUUCAAUGGAAGCAAUAAAACAGACAUCCAAUUAUGCAAUAACUGUUUUCUGGCACUUUAUAAAUGUGUGUGGCCUGGCUCUGGUGGAAAUGUCCACAGUGGUAUCUGUUGUAUAGUGAUGUGUUGCUCAGAUUUGUUUUGUGCAUUAUUUCCACUAUCAUUUCUUUUUAGGUUAACACUGACAAAGUUUAGACUAAGGGGAGAUUAUGAAACAUGGUGAUUGUUGUGGACCUCUCUGUUACUCGGGUUAAGAGGGCUCGUCUGUAUUCGUAUAUUUGUUCUGAACUUGAUGCUGUGAAUGUUGUGAGGAGGCUCCUCUCAAACACUGUUUGUUCAUGUUAUUCCUCUGUGAAGAGGGCACAUAUCUCAAGUCUUCCUUUAGAGAAAAGCAAUAUCAUGACAAGUAUGUGUUGUCUGAGACAUACAUAGAUACAUAGAUACUAUGUGCCCACUGUUUAGAGUUUAUCCUGCCUCACAGGGCGAGAGAGCUUUAGCUCAUGUUUCAUGGUCAGGGAAAGCACAACAUCAGUGAAGAGGGCUCACAGGGCUGGUACAAGGCUGUUUCUUUAGGGCUACUGUUCAAUUACACAGAACGCAGAAUGUGGUUGACAUCACCUCCUUGUGCAAAAGUAAACUCAUCACUAUUAACACAAAAUGUCCUUUAUAUGAAUCAGCUGUCAUAUUCUCACAUGGGUCCUCAGUCGUACUUCUGUUUGCAGUGGUUACUGCAGUAGUCUGCUCUGUGCUCCUCUGCAGUGGCGCAUUAUAGCGCAGGCAAAACGCAUUACUGCCACCUAGUGGCUACAUAUUGUGCUUACUGUGGCAGCCACAGUUGUCACUAACCAAUGGGACAUACAAAAUGUAUAAAUUAUUUAUAUGCAGUAUAAAAAGUAAUGCUAGAGCUAGAAAGCUUUUGCCAAACCUAAUAAUACUAAUGAUUGUAAAUGGCAUCUCAUGCUUGCAGUGUUAAGCCACUAUAGUGUUAGAAAUGACUUUCCAAUUGAAUCCAGUGUACAUUUGAUGUGUAGUUCUAAGUUUGUAACAAACAUAUUCAAAUAUAUGUCUUAUUUGAUGGAAUAUUUUUCAAAAUGACCAAUUGUGAUUCAUAAAAAAUAUUAACGUAGGAAUAAUUUUUUGAGAAAAUAGAAGCUCCAAUUGACCUUAGACAGAUACUGCCAGAGCGGCUGAAACUCACACUGCCAAUCCAAGAGUCUCAUGUCUGCUGGUCUUACACACUCUACUACUGCACACCAUAUUCUCAAGAUACUCUGACCAAUAGGCCCAUACUUGUACUAGUACUACACUGUAGGCCUAAAGCACUCACUGCACUCCACGGGCAGACACAGACACUGCUCUAUACUAUCUAUAGACCCAUACUUUUAUCAGUACUACUUAGUACUCCCGAUUGAACAGACCACUACAAAGACCCUUCCUCUCCCCUGUAGGCCUGUAGGCCUGUAGGCCUACAGUAUCUCCUAUGGGCCUAUAUUGUAUUCCAAAACUUCACUAGACCUAUCCCGUCUGACCCUCACACUGCCAAAAGAGUUCCACCACAUUCCACAGACAAACAGAAAAGCUGACCUCACCACAGUCCAGACCGCAGCACAGGGGAUGUGCACUGCCUGUAGCAUCACAUGAGUCACAUUUUAGAUGAGUAGAUUUCAGAAGCAAGCACAGUUCAACUUUGUGAAACAUCUCAUGGUUUUGACAAAUAUUGAUUUACCCUCAUGAGAUAAACGGAGUCUGACACCAAGCUCUCAAACAGUCAACCCUCCAUUUUGAAAAGCAGAAUAAAGAGUUUUAUCAUUUCCCUGAUCCCCUCGUUCUGAAUGUGGAAUGGUUUGUCCAUGUCUGUGUCCAUGUAACUCAUGCUUCCUUCAUAACUAUGCACCAGAACCCUGACUUGUUACAAAACAUCCUGGAAAUAAAAUCAAAUAUAAACUUG